CUGGAACUUCUUAUCACACAGCGGGAUAAACUAACUGUACAUUCGAAGUUUCUUCUCUAUUGCGGAUAGGGGAACAAAACGUCGACGCCAUAAACAAUAAAUUUACAUGGGAUAUUAACAUGGAUGCAGAGGGAUCUUAUCGGCUUGAGCUUGAACCACAGAAACAGAACGUCUUCGUAACGCAGUUGCGGUAAAGUUGCUUUUGAUUUCAGUUUGUGCAUUAUUUAACAGGCUGAAUAUACGAGAGUAUUCUCUUCGAUAAUCUUGCGGUUUUUCGUCGACAGGGAGGACGAGGAAGAUGAAAGCGAGGUUCGCAAAUUUCCCAUCGUUAAAGAGGUAUGUAGUGCAUGUAAGUUCUUUCCGCGGUUAAUUCGUACACGUAGGUGUCCGUAACUCGCGUGUUUACCACUAUUGUUAACUCUUGAAUUUUUUGUCACGGCUUUUGGUAAAUAAUUUGUGGUAACUUCUGCCUAAAUCUUGAGGAUCUGUUAUCUGAAUGAUAUGUGUAGUUUAAUCCAGGAGAUUAAUAUACUGAAAAAGACUUGCACAUGAUGUAAGUCAGUUUAGAGUAACAAGCCGGAGACAGAUAAAACAUCUGUCAGGGGCAGGUUUAACUGUUUUUAAAAUUUUGUGCGCAAAUGAGUGGUUAAUUUUGUUUCGAACUCUUUUUAUGUCGUUUAGGGAAAAGACAUUGUAUGGAUGUAAAAAUAAAAUCAUUGCAAAAUCAAGAGUUAGUGUUUUCAUUAAAUUAAUAAAAAUGCGACCUGUAGAUCAGUAAUUAUUGUCAUUAACUAACAUAAAAAUGUUUUGAUCGUCAAUAAGUAAAAUAGUGGGAAGACAUGUAAGAUAUUAUUCAAGGAAAAUGAAAAGAAAUUACUUUCACUGUUUAUUUAAGAUAUCUUUGCCCAUAAACUGCCUCUCCAGAGUUAUACAAAAAUAAUACAAUAAAUAAAAAAAGCCCUUCCUUCAAAUGUAUUGAAAUAGACUUGACUUAUUAUGAUGUUCUGAAGCUUAAUUAAAAACUAGUAAAUUCGAAAGGUAUUUUUCUAUAAUUUCCGGUUAUAUAAGCCCCCUUGUGCCAAAAGUCUUCCUGCAGCACUGAUCAUAUACAUGUAUCUAUGUAUUCACACCCCUCUUUUGAUGUUAAUUGUUUUGCAGUCUGCAAGCAAACUACUUGACACAGGACUCAAUACUGUUCAGUCUACCCUGCUGCUCAAGAAACAAGUGGAAGUGGAAAAGGUGCAGGAAGACUUGGAUAUUAAAAGACGACAGUUUGCAGAGCGUAUGACAGCUUGCAAAAGAAAGGAGGAGGAGCUUAAAAAGAAGCAAACCCAGGUUUGUAUGGAUAAUUUUCAAAGAAAAUUGUGUAGACUGGUUCUUUCCAAAUUUCUAUAUAAUUGCUGGUUUUCAGUGUCACGUCAUUCAAAAUAGAUCAAAAUAAAAAUCAAAACUGUUCAAUAGAUAAAGUCCAGAAUCUGGGAAAUGAAACAAGGUAAAUGUGCACAGACCAUUGCCAAUAUUUAGGUCAGAGGAAUCAUUGUAUACUGUACAUAGAGCGGUUUUCGCUUGACUGUCGUAAAACCAAAACCAAAGUAAAUACACUAGCCAACCAAAGGGCGUAGUAAAACCAAAACCAAAACCAAAACCAAUCCCUUUCGACAGUCAAGUGAAAACCGCUCUAUGAGAUAUCCAAAGAAAUGUUUUACCAAAAUUUAUAGAGAUUUGUAUAUGGAGAUGCCAUGGUGGUGCUUAUCCGGAUGGGCAUCGACAUUGUGGAUGGAAACCCACAGAAACAUUGAGUUUUACCGAGUUUUGCUUCAAAAGCGUGAAUUCAUUCCUCGAGGAACUCAUAAACAUUAAAGUGAUACUUUAUCUAAUGCUUGGUGUUCAUUAGGCAUCGGAGAUCAGAGAAUUCUCCAUUUACUACGCAGAAUUCUCCAGCUAAUGGUCAAUAGCCUUAGGACUAUUUUUUACUCAGACGUGUAACCUCUUAAAAAAUAAUGUUCUCCUGCAACGUUGAACCUCUCUGUUGCUACUAGAAUUCUCAACCCGUUCGCUCCUAGAAAUUUUCCCAAAAAACACGUUUUGNCGUAAAACCAAAACCAAAGUAAAUACACUAGCCAACCAAAGGGCGUAGUAAAACCAAAACCAAAACCAAAACCAAUCCCUUUCGACAGUCAAGUGAAAACCGCUCUAUGAGAUAUCCAAAGAAAUGUUUUACCAAAAUUUAUAGAGAUUUGUAUAUGGAGAUGCCAUGGUGGUGCUUAUCCGGAUGGGCAUCGACAUUGUGGAUGGAAACCCACAGAAACAUUGAGUUUUACCGAGUUUUGCUUCAAAAGCGUGAAUUCAUUCCUCGAGGAACUCAUAAACAUUAAAGUGAUACUUUAUCUAAUGCUUGGUGUUCAUUAGGCAUCGGAGAUCAGAGAAUUCUCCAUUUACUACGCAGAAUUCUCCAGCUAAUGGUCAAUAGCCUUAGGACUAUUUUUUACUCAGACGUGUAACCUCUUAAAAAAUAAUGUUCUCCUGCAACGUUGAACCUCUCUGUUGCUACUAGAAUUCUCAACCCGUUCGCUCCUAGAAAUUUUCCCAAAAAACACGUUUUGAAUCUACUGUAGUCGAGUGGUUCUCUGGUCACUGUCGUGCUAUAAAGAACUAAAACGUACCACAAAGCCUUUUACAGCUCAUACACUUCGCAGCAUUCUGAUCCAGAUGCAAAAUAUAGGCUUGUGAAGUUAGUUUUUGGGUUUAAAACUUUUAAAAAAAAUUGAACUUUUUUGAAGCGAAAAUUUACAUGAAAAUUAGUUUUCAGCCACUCUAAUACAUCAUUCAAUGUAAAAUCUCAGUAGGAUCGACAGCUUUGUAGUUUGAAUUUUAGUGGUCAACGUGAUGUGAAAACCAACAAUAGAUUACAGGUUUAUGCUUUUGCAGUACAGGUGGCCUAUGACAAAGAUUGUCCUUAAUUGGGAUCAAAAUCAUAAAUGACAUACUCUUUUGGUUUAAGUAACUGUAAUAUUUUGAACAGACGACUUAAAGGCCAUAAACUCCAGCACUUUUUACAGUGUCAGAGUACGUGUAGCUCACUGCUACAGUCUCGAGCAAAACUUGACGGUCAUUGUCGAGCUACAUGACUCCAGAUUUCUGGUGCUAGGAAAGUCUUGUAUGAACAUUGUAUGUACACAACAAUAAAAUUUAAUAUGACACAUGCAACUGAGUUCUCUCAGCAGGAGUAAAACCAGCUAUGACUUUCUGCUUACCACUACAGAUGUUCUACACCACUGAGUUUCAGGAGACUUGUGGGAGCUCUAACUGUCCUUACUGUCAUUGUCAAAUAUUACUUUUCCGCCAAAUAUUAUUUUUCCUAGAGUACAGCCUUGAAUUACCCUAUUAUACUCUUUACGUAUGUUCUGGCUUUUGGGUGGUGUGGUCAAACCUGUGAUAAUGGCAAGCUGUCCACUAGCCUAAGAUUGCAGAGUAUAUCCAAUUUACUGGUCAAGCACAGGUUGACUAUAUUAAUACGAGUUUGACCACAACCAAAGAGUACUCAUGAAAGGAAGUUGCUGAAAAAGAAUGCUAUGCAUCACAAGUCAAAUAAAUAUAUUGUACAUCUUCCUUCCUUGUGUGCGUUCAACCCCCCCCCCCCUUCAAAAAAAAAAUUAAUGACAUCACAUUUACCACCUUUUCAUCAACAGAUUCGUGAAAGAGUGAACAAGUUCGAAAAGUUCAUCGAAGAAAAUGAUGCCAAAAGAAGAAGAGCCAUCCAAAAGUACCAAACAGAAUUAAAACUUAAAAACCAGAAAAAUGGAGAACUGGAUGUAUUAACUAUCGAGUUAGAACAGUUGAAAGCAAGGUGAGCCCUUGGUUUGGGGAAGAGGACGGGGAGUUAGGGGUUUAAACUUAGUGAUAGAAAUGCAAAUUAAUGAAAGAAACUGCUAGACCUUCUCAAAAAAUCUUACAAUGCUAAAGCUUGCCUUGGCCUUAAAAAUGUGCCUUAGUGUGUGUAAAAUAUCUCCCUAAAAGUCACUAAAAUUCUAUACUAAGUAAGUCCAAUCACUAUACAAUUGUAGGCUACAAUAUAUGCAUUAUUCCUGCACAAUUUUUUGUUUCAACGUUUUAUUUUUAUUUAAAACUCUUCGGCAGGUUAAAUCAAUAAGAACUCUUGAGUACUCAACAUAUUUUAAUGUUAUACUUUUCAAAAAAGUCAGCAUAAUUUCCAACAAGCCAAAAGUUGUCAAAUAAAUAGUUUCAAGUAAAGUACCCAAAAUAUCCUUUAUUGCAAUUACUGUUAGGAUAAUUAUGAUUGCAUUUUCAGACUUCUAAUAAAUUCUCUAGGUGAGGUGAUAAGCUAAUGUUUUUUAGUGGUACUCAGCUUAUUUACAGAGUGUACUUAUUUUACUUAAUAUCUGAACCAAAAGCCCCUCUCAGUACCUUUGCUGAACACUUUAAGUGAUAUUAAUAAUAAAUUUAUUUAUUAUUUGUAUCAUUCAGGAAUGAGGGUCUACAAGCAAAACUGGCCAAGUAUUCUGUGUAUGAAAAAUUCCUGAUGAAAGUUCUUGACCAGUUACCAGAAGGUACAAUAUUUCUGAUUAUUAUGCAUUGUACUCACUAUCUAACUUCUCACUGACUAAGAACCUACUGAGUGGGGGAGAGGACUUGCACUUUUGUUGCAAAUAUAAUACCAUCCAGUAUCAGUUGGCCUGAUUACUUUUACAUGUUUUUACCUUGGAACACAUUUGUGAAAUUUUAUUAGCUUAAGAUAAAAAUGCCUUCACGGUUCAGUUAUCUCGAACAAUAAAUAGUCCUACUUGAACAUACAGUCCUGAUCCAUUUGAUCCUGUAGUCCAUUACAGGCGUGUAGAUUUCAUAGGGUCAAUUAGAACUCUCGUCGCUAUGGUAACAUUUCUUCGGAAGCGAGAACUGGAACUUCUUAUCACACAGCGGGAUAUUAAAACUAACUGUACAUUCGAAGUUUCUUCUCUAUUGCGGAGAGGGGAACAAAACGUCGACGCCGUAAGCAAUAAAUUUACAUGGGAUAUUAACAUGGAUGCAGAGGGAUCUUAUCGGCUUGAGCUUGAACCACAGAAACAGAACGUCUUCGUAACGCAGUUACGGUAAAGUUGCUUUUGAAUUCAGUUUGUUCAUUAUUUAACAGGCUAAAUAUACGAGAGUAUUCUCUUCAAUAAUCUUGCGGUUUUUCGUCGACAGGGAAGACGAGGAAGAUGAAAGCGAGGUUCGCAAAUUUCCCAUCGUUAAAGAGGUAUGUAGUGCAUGUCAGUUCUUUCCGCGGUUAAUUCGUACACGUAGGUGUCCGUAACUCGCGUGUUUACCGCUAUUGUUAACUCUUGAAUUUUUUGUCACGGCUUUUGGUAAACAAUUUGUGGUAACCUCUGCCUAAAUCUAGAGGAUCUGUUAUCUGAAUGAUAUGUGUAGUUUAAUCCAGGAGAUUAAUAUACUCAAAAAGACUUGCACAUGAUGUAAGUCAGUUUAGAUUAACAAGCCGGAGACAGAUGAAACAUCUGUCAGGCAGAUUUAACUGUUUUUAAAAUUUUGUGCGCAAAUGAGUGGUUAAUUUUGCUUCGAACUCUUUUUAUGUCGUUUAGGGAAAAGAUAUUAUAUGGAUGUAAAAAUAAAAUCAUUGCAAAAUCAAGAGUUAGUGUUUUCAUUAAAUUAAUAAAAAUGCGACAGAUACAAUAAUUAUUGUCAUUAACUAACAUAAAAAUGUUUUGAUCAUCAAUAAGUAAAAUAGUGGGAAGACAUGUAAGAUAUUAUUCAAGGAAAAUGAAAAGAAAUUACUUUCACUGUUUAUUUAAGAUAUCUUUGCCUGUAAACUGCCUCUCCAGAAUUAUACAGCUGUAGGCCCACGUUCCUCAAAUUGGUAAAUAAAAAAGCCCCUCCUUCAAAUGUACUGAAAUAAACUUGACUUAUUAUGAUGUUCUGAAGCUUAAUUAAAAACUAGUAAAUUCGAAAGGUAUUUUUCUAUUAUUUCCGGUUAUAUAAGCCCCCUCGUGCCAAAAGUCUUGCUGCAGCACUGAUCAUAUAUCUAUGUAUUCACACCCCUCUUUUGAUGUUAAUUGUUUUGCAGUCUGCGAGCAAACUACUUGACACAGGACUCAAUACUGUUCAGUCUACCCUGCUGCUCAAGAAACAAGUGGAAGUGGAAAAGGUGCAGGAAGACUUGGAUAUUAAAAGACGACAGUUUGCGGAGCGUAUGACAGCUUGCAAAAGGAAGGAGGAGGAGCUUAAAAAGAAGCAAACCCAGGUUUGUAUGGAUAAUUUUCAAAGAAAAUUGUGUAGACUGGUUAUUUCUCAAUUUCUAUUUGCUGGUUUUCCUUGUCACGCAUGUCAUUCAAAGUAGAUCAAAAUAAAAAUCAAAACAGUUCAAUAGAUAAAGUCCAGAAUCUGGGAAUUGAAAGGAGGUAAAUAUGCAGAGACCCUUGCCAAGAUUCAGGUCACAGAAAUAAUUUGAUACAUACGAGAUAUCCAAAGAGUUUUGUAUGGAGAUGCCAUGCUGGUGCCCAUCCGGAUUGGCACCAACAUUGCGGAUGGAAACCAAAAGAAGCAUUGAGUUUUACCAAGUUUUGCUUCAAUUCAAAAUUUAAAAAUGUGAAUUUAUUCCUCGAGGAACUCAUAAACAUUAAAGUGAUACUUUUUCUAAUGCAGGGUUGCAUCGGAGAUCAGAGAAUUCUCCAUGUACCUACUACACAGAAUUCUCCAGCUAAUGGUUAAUAGCCUUCGGACUAUUUUUUACUCAGACGUGUAGCCUCUUAAAAAAUAAUAUUCUCCUGCAACGCUGAACCUUUCUCUUGCUACUAGAAUUCUUAACCCGUUCGCUCCUGGAAAUUUUCCCAAAAAACACGUUUUGAAUCUAUGGUACUUGUCGAGCAGUUCACUGGUUACUGUCAUGCUAUAAAGAACCAAAACGUACCACAAAUCCGUUUACAGCUUGUACACUUCACAGCCUUCUGAUCCGGAUGCAAAAUAUAGGCUUGUGAAGUUCAGGCAUGCACAGAAACCAAAAUUUCGAGAUGGUUUUUGGGUUUAAAACUUUUAAAAAAAUUGAACUUUUUUGGAGCGAAAAUUUACAUGAAAAUUAGUUUUCAGCCACUCUAAUACAUCAUUCAACGUAAAAUCUCAGUAGGAUCAACAGCUUUGUAGUUUGAAUUUUAGUAGUCAACGUGAUGUGAAAACCAACAAUAGAUUACAGGCCUAUGCUUUUGCAGUCCUGGUGGCCCAUGACAAAGAUUGUCCUUAAUUGGGAUCAAAAUCAUAAAAUAAAAAUGAUGACUCUUUUGGUUUAAGUAACUGUGAUAUUUUGAACAGACCACUUAAAGGCCAUAAACUCCAGCACUUUUUACAGUGUCAGAGUACAUGUAGCUCACUGCUACAGUCUCGAGAAAAAUUGACAGUCAUUGUCGAGCUAUAUGACUCCACAUUUCAGGUACUAGGAAAGUCUUGUAUGAAUAUGUAUGUACACAACAAUAAAUAUGACACAUGCAACUGAGUUCUCUUAGCAUGAGUCAAACCAGCUAUGACUUUCUGCUUACCAGUACAGAUGUUCUACACCACUGAGCUUCAGGAGAUUCGUAGGAGCUCUUACUGUCAUUGUAAAAUACUAGUUUUCCCCAAAAUAUUAUUUUUCCUAGAGUACGGCCCUGAAUAACCCUAUUGUACUCUUUAUGCAUGGUCUGGCUUUUGGAUGGUGCGGCCAAACCUGUGUUAAUGGCAAGCUGUCCCCUAGCCUAAGAUUGCAGAAUAUAUCCAAUUUACUGGUCAAGCACAGGUUGACUAUAUUAAUACAAGUUUGACCACAACCAAAGAGUAACAAUGAAAGGAAGUUGCUGAAAAAGAAUGGUAUGCAUCACAAGUCAAGUAAAUAUAUUGUAUCUUCCUUCCUUGUGUGCAUUCAACCCACCACCAUCUCCUCAAAAAAAAAAAGAGAUAAUAAUGACAUCACAUUUACCACCUUUUCAUCCCAACAGAUUCGUGAAAGAGUGAACAAGUUUGAAAAGUUCAUCGAAGAAAAUGAUGCAAAAAGAAGAAGAGCCAUCCAAAAGUACCAAACAGAAUUAAAACUUAAAAAUCAGAAAAACGGAGAACUGGAUAUAUUAACUAUCGAGUUAGAACAGUUGAAAGCAAGGUGAGCCCUUGGUUUGGGGAAGAGGACGGGGCGUUAGCGGUUAAAACUUAGUGAUAGAGGUACGGUGUAUUAGAAAUGCAGAUUAGUGAAAGAAAAUGCUAGACCUUCUCAAAAAAUCUUACAAUGCUAAAGCUUGCCUUGGCCUUAAAAAUAUGCAUUAGUGUGAGUAAAAUAUCUCCCUAAAAGUCAAUAAAAUUCUAUACUAAUUAAGUCCAAUCACUAUACAACUGUAGGCUACAAUAUAUGCAUGAUUCCUGCACAAUAAUUAAAUGCAUUUAUAUUUUUUAGUUUAAUGUUUUAUUUUUUUUUAAAACUCUUUGGUAGGUUAAAUCAAUAAGAACUCUUGAGUACUCAACAUAUUUUAAUGUUAUACUUUUCAAAAAAGGCCGCAUAAUUUCCAACCAGCCAAAAGUUGUCAAAUAAAUAGUUUCAAGUAAAGUACCCAAAAAUAUCCUUUAUUGCAAUUACUGUUAGGAUUAUGAUUGCAUUUUCAGACUUCUAAUAAAUUCUCUAGGUGAGGUGAUAAGCUAAUGUUUUUUAGUGGUACUCAGCUUAUUUACAGAGUGUACUUAUUUUACUUAAUAUCUGUACCAAAAGCCCUUCUCAGUACCUUUGCUAAACACUUCUAGUGAUAUUAAUAAUAAAUUUAUUUAUUAUUUGUAUCAUUCAGGAAUGAGGGUCUACAAGCGAAACUGGCCAAGUAUUCUGUGUAUGAAAAAUUCCUGAUGAAAGUUCUUGACCAGUUACCAGAAGGUACAAUAUUUCUGAUUAUUAUGCAUUGUACUCACUAUCUAACUUCUCACUGACUAAGAACCUACUGUUAAUUUUGGAAAUCAGCACAGUCCUCAGUUUAAUGUAGAUUGCAAGCGCAAUGUAUGAUUUCCAAGAGCAAUGUCAAAUCAGUUCCGUGUGACAGCUGUUACUUUGUCAAUAUUAUUAGAUUCAAGGUUAUUGAUAUCCAGAAUAAUCAAGGUCUCCGCAAGUGACCAGCCUCAGCCUUUGGCUCGGCUUAUAAUACUUAAACCUCAACUUUGAUUAUCCCAGAAAUCACAAAAACCUCAUCCUUAAUAAUUGUUUAUAAGAAGUUGUUAUAGCUCUACUCUGUUCAGAAUUCAUUAUUAACCCUUGUAAGUCCUAACAUACACUUAAAAAUUCUCUGGGCUGAUCUCCAUUUGCUUGUAACAUUAGUGGUAAUUUAAUAGUGGAGAGGAUGGUUUAAAGAUCCUUUAUUGAUCAUUUCAUUAAUUAUGUUACUAACCUUUCUGUUUUGAUAAUGUAUUGAAAUUGUUAGGAGAAUAUUUAUUUUGGCCACUCUUGGGACUAGAAAUGUUAACAAAUUUAAUUUUUCAUUCUGCAUUUCACUCACCUUGUUAGACUAUCUAGAGGCUAAUGACUCCAUGCUGAUGGGAAUAAUGAUGAGGUUUAGAACAUUGAGUGCUACCAAUCAAUCUCUUGUACAGAUGCUUAUAGACACUUCAGACCAGGUACACUUACAGCUCCUGUUUGAGAAUGUGUUGUGGAAUACCCUUCUAGCUUGUAUUGAAAUGAAUUCAAAUUUACGAUGUUUUGAAACUUAAAAAAGUGAGUAAAUUCAAAGACUAUAAUUUUGAUCACCCUUAUAGCUUGUCUUGAAACACUUUUUUUAAGUCCUUGAUAAACCCUCCCAGAUAUAAAGCCCCACAUUUACAAGCCCUUCUAAGACCCCAAGUACGAAAAAAUAUUUGCAAGCUGUCACGAUUUGAGCCUGCAUAAACAGGCAGUAAGAAGUGAAUUUAACAACGAAAUAUCAGAGCGCACUCCCAUAAUAAAAUGUUGUUUACUAUUCUAGCCAUGUCCAAUACCAGCAUUGUCAGCAAACAUUCUUUUGAGCAGCCCCUGCAGUCUCACAUUAUUUUUUGUGCUUUAAUAAAAAUCUUUUCAGGUAGAGACAGAGCAACAGAAACUCCAGGAUUUGAAUCAAGAACACACUCAAGACCUGCUGGUCAGUUGUGCAGAAUCAGUAUCAUUUAUUAAUAAUAUUUGCAUAGAUUAAUGUUAACACUGGGCCUUGCCCCCCUCAGCAUGUAGGCAAUCUUUCAGAGUUUUUUGGUUCACGUGAUUCUUAUUUCCCAAUCGCUGAGAAAGCUUUCAUAACUGGGAAAAUCAUUUUAUUCAGAUUAAUAAUAUUAAAUUAAUCUUUAUUGAAACUCAUUUCUUUAUAAAUUUUUUUAUUUGCAGCUGAUGAAUAGUGAGUUGGCUGCACUUCAAGAAAAACUUGAAGAGACCAUGCAAAGGAAAGAAAAAAUUGACCAGUUCUUAAUCAACAGUAGAGGAAUUUUUAGGCAGCAGGUUAGGGCGGAAGAAGGAGAAGUUCCAGGCAUUGAGAUAGUGAGAAGAAGGCAAAAAAAGAGCGAGGGAAAAAAAAGAGCCUAUUGCACAUAUUGUGCUGGGCAUAUCCCUUUCAUUUUUUUUUGCUUGCUGUAUUUUUUGCCCGCAAUCCGUUAUCUGAACACCUGGAACAGAGCACUCUACUUUUUCUUUUUAAACUUUCAACCCUAAUAUCAAAAUUCAAAUUCUCAUUCUUUGUCGCUAUAUGUUUUCAAUGGAAGUUGUGGAAAGAAUUUGUUGAAGUGUCAAUAGAUUCAUCUUGUGUGAUCGUGUCCUAAAUUCUCCUGACCACUCAGUUUUAUGAAGCAUUUAUUGGUACUGUAGAACAAGGAGAAAUUUCAUGCUGACGACCGUUAAGGCUUAAAUGGUUAGAACAUUGUCUCCAUAGGAGAGUUAAGAGGAGAGAGAAUUUCUCUUGUUUCUAAACAGAGCAAUAUGCUUUUUUGGGGCAGGGCUGUUGUCAUGUGGUCUCUACUGCAGCCAUAUUCAGGGGCACCCAACGAGAAUAUAGUUCAAAACCUCGUAUUUUAGUAUGUUAGUAUGUAAACGAUAGAUAUAGGCAUAUUUUUAUCCCCUAAAAAUUUUCCAUCUGUUAGGAUUUCCUAGCUGAAAGUUUAGUGUUCCGAAAAUUAUAGGGAUCAAAACUUACCUUUUCGAAAGUUUUAGCCAGCAAAAAGGCUCCCGAAAAUUCCAGGUGACCGUUUUAGGGCAAAAAUCCGUUAAAAAUGGGCAUUUACACCAUUUUUUAGACGUUCGAAAAUCGUAGGAGAGGUAAGCAAGAAAAACAUUUACAAAAACGUUGCGAACAUUCAAGAUCGUCUUCCGAACAGAUAUUUUCCGAAAAUUGACGUUGGGUGCCCCUGCAUAUUUAGUGUCCGUCCUUCCCUGAAGAAGAAAGACUGCAUGACAACACUAAAAACGGCUGCUGGGGAGACUAGUUGUAACUCUGCCAUCACUGAUCACCAGUGCUAAAUCAGAUGUUGUUGGUCAUUUCUUGACAGAGUGAAAUGCUCGGCUGCAUCAGAAUGGCCAUAGACAACAUAGCAGAGAAAUGCCAACGGCUCCAUACUACACCUGUAGAAUCCAUGGACGUGGAUUCAAAGUUGAAAAUUAUUCAGGUGAGUACUGUAGUCACGCUUUUACUAAAGGUUAGUGUGUGGCUGUCCCAUUCAUCUUUUUGGGGUUUUAAGUGCGCAGGGACCAGCAUCGUAUUUUCGUAGAAGCUGGCACAGUACACAAGGCUCCAAGAGUCUCCAGAAAAUUUUAAAGAAGAAGGAGAAAAUUGUAGUGCAUAGAGUACAACAUUUAUUCUGGGAGCCAAACCUUGGAUGAAGAUCCCGCGGCAGCCUGCUGAGAACUAAACUGAUAUCCUUGAAGCUGAUCUGGCAGUUGAGUAAAGCGAACUCCAGAAGCUCAUCAUGGGAAACAGGAAGCAAUGGAAAACAAUAUUUACUGUGAACGGUGCCUGAGUUCACUCGAUUGAGGAGAGAUAAUUGGUAAUAGCCCCAGCAGAUACAUUUGAAGAAACAUGGGUUCUAUGGGGGGUUGGGUCUUAUUCUGUGAGUGUAUUGUUAGCCUUCUUCCAGAUCAAGUUUAGCCGUAUUUUUCAAGUCUGUAUCUUAGCGAAGAUCAUAUGAAAGAUGAAAUUUUGUUGGGGACCAAGUUAUUCAAUAUUGUAACCGCCACUGUGUUUGUUUUUUUCUCUUAAUAGGAACAUAUUGUAGAACACACAGACAUUGUUAAACUAGCUAGACUCCCAGAAUCCGCAGCGGCUGGUGAAGGUCUUCAACCCAGUCCCUCAAGCAUUCUAAAGAAAGAUUCCAGAAUAUCCCGCCAUGCAAUGCUAGACUCACCAUUUAAGUCCAGUCCUUCCAGAGGUGUCCGAAACUUGCAGAUGGGUCUACGAUUUGCAGCUGAUGUGAAACAAUCCUAGCACCCGUUUGGCGCGUGCGCAAAUGAGCGGCGAGACUGCAAGGAAAAAGGGGGGGCUUUGCCGCUCGUUCGCGCACGCCCCUUGAGCACGUUUUCGCGGCUUCUUUCUCUCUCGCCUAACAAAACGCCAGCUGUGUAUGCAAAAUAGUGCUUGUUAAAGUUUUAGGUUAGCAUCGACGUACAAAAAUUUUCAAAGGCAGCGGAUGUAGUCGCUCUCCUAGUUUCUACGCGUUCUAUCC